AUUCAUUUUCUUAUUAAAGUUUAAUACUAGAAGUAGUACACGUUUAAGGAUUGGUAUCCGUAACUUUAAAAUUUGAAAAAUUUACUUAGCAUAGUACAUUUAUGCAGCACACCAUAGGCCACUAGGACGUGACAUCUCUUCAUUCGGAUUUUCCCAUCUCCUCAUUCUCUCUCCCAUGCUUCUCUCUGUUAAGCAUGUGGGCAUCACCAGGUAAAAACAACAAUAAUAGCAGCAGCUACAUAGGCUGUGGUAGUUCACCUUCAAAAUCCUCCUCCACCUGCUCCUCCCCUACACCUUGUUCAUCACCAUCUCCAAAUACCCUUAACCUGUCAGCAAAAAAAUCCAUGGAAGAAGUCUGGAAAGAUAUAAGCCUAGCUUCUCUAGCUGAUCACCCUGCAGGAACUGUCCUCUCCUCCACAACCAGUAACCCUACCUUUCCUGGCAUGAUCUUUCAAGACUUUUUGGCUAGGCCCUUGAACAAAGAACCUCCAAGAAGAGGUAGUGUCUCCAUCGACACAUCCCUCACUGAAGAAACCACCCUUUUUGGCUCUCUACCACCCACUCCUGGCACCCUAUUGAGCUUGAAUUCUGGAUGUGAUUUCAUAUCCAUGGAAAGUAGUGGAGAUCCCGUGAGGCCAAACCCAGCAGUCAAUGGUCGUACCGGCGUUGGAACUCCAUCUUUUGGUUCCUCUCACAACUCUACUUUUCAUGCGUUUGGCUCUUCUGCAGUUUUCCCUUCUUUCUGCCUUAAAAGGGCUCAAGAAAACAAUGAAAAUUCCAACGAUCGGCGGCAUAAGCGCAUGAUGAAGAACAGAGAGUCAGCUGCUCGGUCAAGAGCCAGAAAACAGGCUUACACAAAUGAAUUGGAGCUUGAAGUUGCUCAUUUGCUGGAAGAAAAUGCUAAGCUUAGAAGGCAGCAGGAGAAGUUGUUGGCAGCUCCUGCUCAGCGUCCCAAAAAGAAUUCUCUCAGUAGAUGUUUAACUGCUCCAUUUUAAGAUGUAAGAAGGCAGCCAUUAUUCUUCUUAGUCUCUGUUUUCCAUGCCCAUUUGUUUUUGUUCUCUCUAUCAUCCAGUUGACCAAACUGAUCAAUUGUCGGUUAGAUAGAGAUACUUUUGAAUGGGCUAAAACAAUAGGCACGGUUUUUGGUUGGAUACGUCUCUCUCAACUCUCAAGUGGUUGUAAAGAAAAAGGGGAAAAAAGAAAAAAUUGUAAGGAAUAAAAGAAGGGCCUGUUUUGGGAUCCCAAGCCGCAGGGACAAAGCCAUUGCUGGGGUGUUUCCCUACUUUUUAUAUCUAUCCCUUGAAUCCCUUGACUUUUGUUUUUAUUAUUUUUCUUGAUGUUUGCUUUCUCUUUUACGAAUGAGGACAAGGUGGUUUCAAUGAAAGACAAUUAAUGCUUAAA